GGUCAGUAGAGGGGACGACUGAGUGGAAUCCACCACUGGACAGAAACGAGAGAGAGGUUUCUACAGCUAGCUAUAGCUAGGGAGGGAGUCAUCAGUGGCAGGCAGCAAGAUCACGGGUGGGUGGGAGCGAGGAGAUACAACAAAGGGGAAUUCAUUUUUGGUUUAGGAAAGAAUUUAGUGGGGCGAUCGAUCGCCGAGAGCCUCCUCCUCCUCUCUCUCUCUCUCUGCUUUGCCUCCGUCUCAUGGUUGUUUCUCUUUCCGCGGUUACCUUCCCCGCUGCAUCCCCGCCUUCAAUGCUUCACUGCUGGAUCUGAUCUGAGAGAGCCACCCAGCGGCGCCACCGCGUCCGCAUCCACUCUCCCAUCUACCUUGUUCCAGCUGUUUCUUGAGGAGGCGAUUUCUCCUUGGCUCUUCAUCUUCUUCUUCUUCUUGCUCCUCCAUAAUCCGGUGCGAAUCCGUGGCCAAAAGGUGGACGGGGAUCUUUUGCUCGAGGCAGCUCGGAUUUCCUCUUUCUUGCCAUUUCUUCCGUUUCUUGAGGUGAGGUGAGAUUUUGUUUCUGCGCGGAUCAGUCCGCGGAAUCCGCGCCCGGAUUUCCCUUCUCCCCGCCGGAUUCGGUGCAUGGAACAACCACCUUCCGUAUCCAACACCAACAAGGCACUGCUGCUGCCGCCGCUGUGCUAGGCUAGGCUCCAAUCAUGGCCUCCUCGCCCUCCCCCUCGCCGGGGACCACCAAGGCCUCCCCGGCCGCCUCCGUCGCGCCCGCCACCGCCUCCCCGGCCCCGGUCAAGCUGCCCAAUGACACCCCGGCCGACCCGCCGGCGGCCCCUCCCGCGCCCUCCGCGGCCGUGCCGCCGCCGACGCCCGCGUCCCCGCCGCCCCCUUCCCCGACACCUCCCCCGGACCCCGCCGCGUCGCCGCCACCUGUCCCCGUCGCCUCUCCACCGCCCACCCCGCCAGCCGCAUUGCCGCCACCCGCGCCGGCCGCCGCGGUGCCGCCGCCGCCCGCGCCUGCUGCCGACCCGCCCAAGCAGUCGCCUUUGCGGCCCCCUGUGCCGGCCGCGUCGCCGCCGCCGCCAAAGACCACUUCUCCACCACCAAGCCCGCCGGAUCGCUCGACCGCGCCGCCCGUGGCGCGGUCACCACCGCCGCGGCACCCGGGGUCGCCGCCUCCUCCAACUGACCCGCAAGCGCCGCCGCCCUCUGUCAGUCCCAUCAUCAAACCUCCCACCAGCCCCUCCCCAACCUCUCCCACCGUCCCUGCUACUCCCACCACCCCCUCACCGCCGUCGACGCCAGGCUCUGCUCCUCCAUCUAUGCCUACCAGCCCAACAACAACCCCACCAACACCAAUUGGUCCCAACAUGCCACAGGACCCCUCAUGGCGGGACAGCGGCCCCUCGCCGAGCAGCCGUGGUUUGUCUAAUGGCACAAAGGCAGGGAUCGGCGUCGUCGUGGCGAUUCUCGUGCUUAGUCUGAUCGGCGCCGGGUGCUGGUACAAGAAGAAGCGGAGGAGAAUGACCGGUUACCAUGCCGGGUUUGUGAUGCCUUCACCCUCACCAUCUGCUUCUCCACAAGUUUUACUAGGACAUUCAGAGAAGACUAAAACCAAUUACAGCGCCGGGAGUCCUGAGUUCAAAGAUACAAUGUCAGAGUACAGCAUGGGCAACUGCCGCUUCUUCACCUACGAGGAAAUGCACAACAUCACAAACGGUUUCUCUGAUCAAAACCUGCUGGGGGAAGGCGGCUUCGGGUCUGUCUACAAGGGCUGCUUGCCCGAAGGAAGAGAGGUUGCCAUUAAGAAACUGAAAGACGGCAGCGGGCAGGGGGAGCGCGAGUUCCAGGCCGAGGUGGAGAUCAUCAGCCGCGUGCAUCACCGCCACCUGGUUUCUCUCGUUGGGUAUUGCAUCUCGGGCGAUCAGCGCUUGCUUGUCUAUGAUUUUGUGCCCAACGACACGCUGCACUAUCAUCUACAUGGACGUGGAGUGCCGGUCCUGGAAUGGCCAGCCAGGGUUAAAAUUUCUGCUGGGUCGGCUAAAGGAAUAGCAUAUCUUCAUGAAGAUUGUCAUCCCCGGAUUAUCCACCGAGAUAUAAAAUCCUCUAAUAUUCUGCUGGAUAACAACUUCGAGGCACAGGUUGCUGAUUUUGGUCUUGCAAGACUAGCCAUGGAUUUUGCCACGCAUGUAACUACACGGGUGAUGGGAACUUUUGGGUACAUGGCUCCAGAGUAUGCAUCCAGUGGCAAAUUGACUGAGAAAUCUGAUGUCUUCUCUUUUGGCGUUGUCCUCUUAGAGCUCAUUACUGGUAGAAAGCCUGUCGAUGCAUCAAAUCCAUUGGGCGAUGAGAGCCUUGUCGAGUGGGCUAGGCCACUGCUCACACAAGCGCUCGAGACUGGCAAUGUAGGGGAGCUGCUGGACCCCAGGCUGGACAAGAACUUCAACGAGGUCGAACUGUUCCAUAUGAUCGAAGCGGCAGCAGCCUGCAUCCGACACUCGGCACCCCGGAGGCCCCGGAUGAGCCAGGUGGUGCGGGCUCUCGAUAGCCUAACCGACGUCGACCUGACCAACGGGGUGCAGCCAGGGAUGAGCGAGAUGUUCAACGCGCCCAACACCGCGGAGAUCAGGCUGUUCCAGCGGAUGGCGUUCGGGAGCCAGGACUUCACGACCGACUUCACCCAGUCUAGCAGCUGGAACAGCAGCCGUCAGGGCGGAGACGUCGACGCCUCUGGUGGGCCGAGGCACCCGCAGUCGCAACCGUAGUAGUGUAAUUAGCUAGCGGGGGGUAUUGUUGCUCCUGGGUUCAUUUCAUGCGAAAUUCUUUGGGUGGAUCGUCCGUCUCGUUCUUUUUUUUUUUGGUCGUCGUCUCGACUGACUGACAGAAGAAAGAUGCAUAUUGCGUGCCGGAGACCGAUGGUCUGGAACUUACUAACUUGUUGGAGGGGAA